GGUGGAAUUCCAGCUUGAAAAUCACUUUCUUGUUGAGCGUAAUCUAAUUAAGAAAUUUGUACAAAAAAAACUAAAGAUCCUUCUUUAUUCUAAAAAUUUUUGUUUGAAUUCCAUAAUGUAAAUCAUUUAGGAAAAAAUGAAAUAUUAAAAUAUUUUCUUUGUUUCCUCUUAUAGUUAUAUUGAAACUAUUAUACUAUCUCGUUUUAAUACUGAAUUGCAAAUAGCCAAUAGUUUCCUUCCAAAUUUUUUUUCCUUUUCAUUUAUAUAUAAACGGACCUUCGCUUUCACCAUGUCUUUCAGUCCUUGCAAUUAUAAUACAAGUGACAUUUCAACUUUCGAACUGCAUGUUGACUCUAUGUUGCCAAAGAGAAUUAACGACCCUAUCCAUGGAUUAAUGGAAUUCGAUGAUUGGGUAAUCCAAUUCAUCGAUACUCCACAUUUUCAAAGAUUACGUAAUAUAAAGCAAUUAGGAACAACUUAUUACGUAUUUCCUGGUGCCAGUCACAAUAGGUUUGAACAUUCUAUAGGCGUUGCACAUCUUGCCUACUCUUUGGUGAAAGGACUUCAGGACAGGCAGCCUGACCUUGAAGUUGAGAAAGAUUUAGAAUGUGUGACAUUAGCUGCCUUGUGUCAUGAUUUGGGACAUGGCCCAUUUAGUCAUGCUUUCGAUAAUGAAGUUAUUCCACGUACAAGACCCAAUAUUGAAUGGAAACAUGAAAUAGGUUCUGAAAAGAUGUUUGAUCAUCUUUUAGAAACUAAUGAAAUAGAUUUUGAAUUAGGUACAGAUGAUGUAAAGUUCAUUAAAGCUUUAAUCGCUGGGGAUUGGAGCAAAUGUCCAAAUCGAUCUCGAUAUUUAUUUGAUGUAGUUGCAAAUAAACGCAAUUCAAUUGAUGUCGAUAAAUUUGAUUACCUGGAACGUGAUUGUUACUAUCUUGGGAUGAAAUCUGUGUUCGAUUUCUCAAGACUUAUGAGAUAUUCACGUGUUGUCGAUGAACAAAUUGCGUAUUAUUUUAAGGAAUGCUAUAAUAUUUAUGAAUUGUUUCAAACACGGUAUUCUUUACACAAGCAGGUUUAUAAUCAUCGCGUUGGCAAAGCCAUAGAAUACAUGUUAUGUGAUGCUUUAGUUGAAGCAGAUUCAAUUCUCGGAAUAUCAAAAAGUAUCGAUAAUCCGGAAGACUAUUUGCAAUUAAAUGAUACAAUCCUAAAUCAAAUUGAAUUUUCAAAAGAACCGGGUUUGGCAAAGUCAAGAGAGAUCAUUAAUCGAAUCCGAACUAGAAAACUUUAUAAGUUUGUUGAUGAAUAUUUAGUCUCUGAUGAGUUAAAAGACCACUUAACUGAGCAAAAAAUAAAUGCUCGAGAAAUCAUAGCGCACCAGGGGGAAAAUGAUAGACUCGAGGAAGAUGAUAUAAUUGUGGAUCGACUUAAGUUGAAUUAUGCAAUGAAUGAUAAGAAUCCUGUUGAUUAUGUUAAAUUUUAUAAUCAAUAUAAUUUGGAUGAAACCUUUAAUUUGACAAAAUCACAAGUAAGUUAUUUUGUUCCAGAGAAGUAUGAAGAAAUUAGUAUUCGGAUUUUUGCCAGAAAACCUGAAAAGAUGAAACCUAUUCAGGAAUGUUUUCGAAAAUUAUUGAAAAUCCACGCUCCUCAUAAUACAAUACCUAACGAAGAAAUAACUCCGAGUCGGGGCUAUACAUUACCUGAAGGUUAUGAAACUUCUAAAAAAAGACGUCAUUCAAGUCAAAGUUCAAAUGAUCAAAGAAUAUCAAAACAUAGAGUUAGCAUUAUUAAUUCAUAAAUUUACAUAUUUUCUAAAUUAUACUGAAAAUGUGUCAAAUAUUUGUAUUUUUACUUAAGUUUAAUGUAAAUUUUUUAAUAAAUAAUAAAUUAUACUUAAUUUAAAGAAAUUUUUAUACAUAAAUAUUAAAAUGUUUGUUAC